AUGAACUGGGACAACAAAAAAAAUCCAAUUAAUAUCGGUUUUCCUUUAAGUUCGGAGAACCGUAAAAAAUAUCAAGAAGGGAUAGAUUACAAAAUCGAGGAGAUGGGAGGUGGUUUUCGGAAAUAUCACUUGCUUUCUGAGAAACUAAAAGCCGAUAUUCGUAGAUAUAAUGGCGGUGAUUUUGGGGGCGUUAUCACCGAACAAGAAGGAUUUAUCCCACCCCAAAUUCCCGAGGAACUAGCCCGAAAAAUCAAAGAGGAAAAUAAAAUAAAACGGCGAAAAUUCAUUGCCGAAAAUAAUCCGCCUCAGAACCUUUGUUGCUUUCCAACUGCAGAGGAGAAUGCUUGA